AUGGUGAAUCUUGAAGAAUUUGCUAGUGACUGGAUCGGAUUCCCAGAAGAUGAUAUUGAAUCCGGGGACUACUAUUUCGACUCCUACUCCCACUUUGGUAUACAAGAGGAAAUGUUAAAGGAUUCCGUUCGCACGGACGCAUUUAGGAACGCAAUUUUGCAAAACGGGCAUCUGUUUUAUGAUAAAAUAGUGCUAGAUUUGGGAUGUGGCACUGGAAUAAUGGCAAUGUUUGCAGUUCAAGCCGGAUCAAAGCAUGUGUAUGCGGUGGAUCAAUCAGCGAUUAUAUUCAAAGCUAAGCAGAUUAUCCGUGACAAUAAUAUGGGAGAUAAAAUUACAUUUAUAAGGGAUAAAAUUGAGGAUGUAACAUUGCCUGAAAAGGUGGAUAUCAUUGUUAGUGAGUGGAUUGGCUAUUUUUGUCUGUAUGAAAGUAUGUUAGAUUCGGUUAUAUUUGCCAGGGAUAAGUGGUUAAAAGAAGGCGGGCUUAUAUUUCCAGACAAAGUAAAUAUUUAUAUCGCUGGUAUUGAAGAUGGUGAGUAUAAGGCUGAAAAGCUGGAUUCUUGGCGUAGUUUUUACGGCCUAGACUUUUCUAGCGUUAUACCUACUGUUAUGCAUGAGCCAAUCAUAGAUACUGUGGACUCUCGUGCCUUGGUAACUAAUCCCUAUUGUAUAUUGAAAAUUGAUGUAAACAAGUGGAAAACUGAAGAUUCAAACUUCUGUGCUAAAUAUAGGAUCGUUGCAAAUAAAAAGGACUUCAUGCAUGCGUUUGUUUUUUGGUUUGACAUAAUAUUCUCCCAAUGUCACGUACCAGUUCAUAUAAGCACAAGUCCAAACUCAAGCACCACACAUUGGAAGCAGACGGUAUUUUAUAUCAGAGAUAAUAUGCCCCUGGAGAAGGGAGAUAUUAUAACUGGCAUGAUAUGUGUGCGGAAGAACAGGGAUAACAAGAGAGAUCUAGAUGUGAAGAUGUCUUAUUAUGGCAAGGGAAAGUGGUUUCAAGUGGAUGAUUGUAAUUUUUAUCGUAUCAGAUGA